AUGGUGGUGACCGUAUCAUCUAUUCCACAAGGUACGAGUUCUCGAAAAACAGAAAAUGAAGAUAAAAUUUCGAAAAUGCUGAAGAUUAAAAACAAUAAUGGAUUAACUGCUUUUCAUGAAGCUAUUGAAAGUGGACACAACGAAAUUGUGCUUCAAAUGCUUAAGAAAGUGAUCGACCGUGUACAAUUAAUUGAGGAACCUGAUCAACAACUCCGUACAAGCUUGCAUAUGGCUGCAUUCAAAGGCAAUUCGGUACUUCUUAAAGAAUUCCUUCAAUAUGAAGUAAAUGUGCAUGCAUGCGAUGUAAAUGACCAUACACCAUUACAUGAAGCCGCUCGUUGGUCUGACUCUGAUGAAAAGGAGAAUGACCACCGAAUCGAGUGCAUCGAUCUUCUAAUUCAGAAAGGUGCUAAAAUAAACGCAUUAAAUAUUCGUCGAGAAUCACCAUUACAUGUGGCAUGCCGAUAUGGUUCAUCGUCAUUGGUCAAAUCUUUAAUGAAACAUGGUGCUGAUAUAUUACUGACUAAUAUUCAAAAUUAUAAUUGUCUCGAGGGACAUUAUGAUCCAAUAAUUCAUACAAUUGAUGAUGAUGUUACUCAUUAUGCAUUUGCUGUAACAGAUAUUAUAAAUAGUCAAUUAAUUGCUCAAUUAUAUGGUUCAGUAGAAUCUGAUAUGAAUAAAUUAUUUAAUCAAUGGAUUCAACAACAUAAUGAUUAUAUGAUACAACUUGAACAAUAUGGAAUUGAUCAUCAACAAAUAUCACAAGUAUUUUAA